GCGGCAGCGUGUGUGACACCGACCCGCUCGUCUGCGGCCCCGGGCGCUGCGUCCAGCGCCAGCGCGGCUACACCUGCCUGUGCCAACCGGGCUACUGGCUCAGCAGCCAGGGCACACACUGCGUGGACGUGGACGAGUGCCGCCGCAGCCCCCCGCCCUGUGCCCACGGCCGCUGCGAGAACGCGCCGGGCACCUUCCGCUGCGUCUGCUCCAGCGGCUUCGAGCCCGGCCCUGGGGGCACCCACUGCCAAGACGUGGAUGAGUGUGCCCAGAGCCCCCCGCCCUGUGCCCGCUGCGAGAACCUGCCGGGGGGGUACCGCUGCCCCUGCCCCAGCGGGUACCAGGGGGCAGAGCCAGAGCAGCCCUACAUCGAUGAGUGUGAGAACCAGCUGGCAUGCCCUGGCCAGGAGUGUGUCAACACCGCCGGCUCCUUCCGCUGCCAACCGUGCCGCCAGGGCUUCCAGCUGCGCCACGGCCGCUGCGCAGAUGUGGACGAGUGCUCGGUGGGGUCCCCCUGUGGCGCCGGCGGGCGCUGUGCCAACACCGAGGGCUCGUUCCGCUGCGAGUGCCAACGCGGGUACCGGGCUGGCACCGACGCUGGGCCCUGUGCUGACAUCAACGAGUGCCUGGAGGGCGACUUCUGCUUCCCGCACGGCGAGUGCCUCAACAGCGAGGGCUCCUACAGCUGCCUCUGUGCCCAGGGCUAUGCCAGCUCGCCACAGGGCACCUCCUGCAUCGACGUGGACGAGUGCCAGCGUGGGGGGGUGUGUGAGGGCGGCCGCUGUGCCAACACCGACGGCUCCUUCGAGUGCCGCUGCCCCGCCGGCUUCCGCACCGAUGCCACGCAGGCGGCGUGCCAGGACGUGGAUGAGUGCCAGGAGUACGGUGCCAGCCUCUGCGGUGCCCAGCGCUGCGACAACGUCCCCGGCUCCUACCGCUGCGUCAGCGACUGCCAGCCCGGCUACCGGCCCGGCCACGGCGGCCACUGCGCUGACGUGGAUGAGUGCCAGGAGUACGGUGCCAGCCUCUGCGGUGCCCAGCGCUGCGACAACGUCCCCGGCUCCUACCGCUGCGUCAGCGACUGCCAGCCCGGCUACCGGCCCGGCCACGGCGGCCACUGCGCUGACGUGGAUGAAUGUGCCAACGGGACCCUGUGCGGUGCCCACGCCUCGUGCCACAACCUGCCGGGAUCCUUCCAGUGCGUCUGUGACCCCGGCUACGAGACCACCCCCCACGGGCACCGCUGCGUGGAUGUGGACGAGUGCCAGAGCCUGCAGGGGGUUUGUGGGGCUGAGCGCUGUGAGAACGUCGAAGGCUCCUUCCUGUGCCUGUGCCCAGACCCCAGCCACGAGUUCGACCCUGUCAGUGGGCGCUGCCUGGCACCCCCUGCCCCCACCCCACCCCCUCCCCUCCCCAACCCCCCCCUGCCCCCCUCCAGCUGCUUCAGCAAAGCCUGUGGGGUGCUGGCACCCAACGUCACCCACCAGCAGUGCUGCUGCAGCCUGGGCUGGGCUUGGGGCACCCACUGCUCUGACCAGCUCUGCCCAGCCCCUGGCACCGCUGCCCACGCGUCCCUUUGCCCCCACGGGCACGGCCAAGCUGCCGCCGGCCCCCAGGAGCUGCCCUCAGAUGUGGACGAGUGCCGGCUGUUCGCGCCGGGGCUGUGCCAGGGGGGGCUGUGUCUCAACGCGGCGCCCGGCUUCAGCUGCUACUGCCCCAGCGGGUACUACUAUGAGCCCCAGGAGCUGCGGUGUGUGGACAACGACGAGUGCGCGGCGGAGGAGGCGCCGUGCGAGGGGGGUCGCUGCGUGAACACGGUGGGCUCGUACCGCUGCUCCUGCCCCGCGCCGCUGGUCCUGGACGGCGCCCAGCGCCGCUGCGUCGCCAACGACUCGCAGCCGGCGGCGGCGCGGGCCGUGUGCUGGCAGGAGGUGGGGCCGGACCUGGUGUGCGGGCGGCCGCGGCGGGACGGGCAGGUGACGUACAGCGAGUGCUGCUGCCUGUACGGACACGCCUGGGGCAUGGACUGCGCCCUGUGCCCCGAGCGCCGCUCAGACGACUUCGAGUUCCUGUGCAACGUUCUGCGCCCCCCGGGCUACGCUGCACCCCCCUUCGAGCACCCCCCCCCUUACGCCCCCCCCUACCCCCCCCCUUACAGCCCCGACUAUUUUGGGGGGCCCCACCUCGUCCCCCCACCUCUGCCCCCCCGUUCCGAAUACGACCCUUACUCCUUCGGGGCGGGGCUUGGCGGCAUCGGCGCUCACGAUCCUCUUUACGCCCCCCCCCCGGUACGAGGGGAUGAUUUUGAGGCGCCCCCUUUACCUUUCAUCCCUCACCGACCUCGGGGACCCCGUUAUGAACCCCCCGACCCCCACCCUGACCCCCACCCUGACCCCCACCCUGACCCCCACCCCGACCCCCAUCCCUGGUCCUACCAAGCCCACGGAGCCUUGGUGGAGGAGGAAGAGGAGGAGGAAGAGGAGGAGGCCCCAGGGGAGGAGUGUGGGGUGCUCAGUGGGUGCCGCCACGGGCGCUGCGUCCGGCUCCCCGACGGCUUCACCUGCAGCUGCGACCCCGGCUACCGGCUGGACCCGGCGCAGCUCGACUGUGUCGACGUGGACGAGUGUUCGGGCCCCCCCCGCUGCCAGCCCGGCCGCUGCCUCAACACCGCGGGCUCGUUCCGCUGCCUGUGCCCCCCCGGCCUGGCCCCGCCGCUGCCGACGCCCCCCCGCUGCCUCCCCCGCGCCUGAGCCGCCCCCCGCCGUAUUUAUUGUGUAGAUAAAGAGAUUUAAGGCGGGGGGGGGCGGCAUUGUGGCCCUCGGGAUGAUGGCGGGGGGGGGGGCACCUAUGCGUGUGUCCCCCCUUGGCACCCGCUGUGCUGCCCCCUCUCAGUGUUGGGGGG